AUGAGAGAAUGGAAGGUGCGGAAAGCUUCUCAGCUGCGGGCGGAGUGGGUGUUCUUGAAGGACCUCGCAGCAAAGAAGGACGCAGCGGCGCUUGGACGGCUGUUGGAGAAGUGUUGGAAUGCGCGCGCCGUUUCGUUGGAGGGAGACCUGGUAGAUUUGCCGGGCGAAGUGGCGAGCCUGAAGGAGAUUGUUUUCUUCCGGUACCACGGGGGCAGAUUGUCAAAGUGCUUGCCUUCGGGAGUAGGAAAGUGGAAGCAUCUGUCCGCUCUCGACCUCGAGGGAGCGAAGCUUCCGGAGCUAUGCGAGGAGACAAAAGAAUGGACAGAGAUAGAGGUUCUGCGGCUGCGGGACUGCGCUAAGCUGGCCGUCCUUCCUAACGCAAGCAUGGGAGCUUGGCAACAGCUACGCACUCUCAUCUUGUCCGGCUGCAGUAGUCUGACCAGCUUGCCCCCAGAGAUUGAGACCUGUACGCAGCUCCAAACCGUGGAUCUUUCUCGAUGCAAAGCGCUGGCAGAGCUGCCGAACGGGAUUGGGGCCUGGGGCGGUUCCCUCACAAGCCUGCGCCUAGCAGGCUGCUCGUUGCUAGAAGGGCUUCCUGAGAGCGUCACGAACUGGUCGUCGCUACAGACGAUCUCGCUCGCGGGUGCGAAGAGUCUGAAGCGUCUGCCAGAGGGGGUCAGGGGCUGGAUGAAGGUGCAACGCGUCAAUCUGAAGGGGUGUGCAGGGCUGGAAGGUCUGCCGGAAGGAGUUGUGAACUGGGAACACUUAACGAGCAUCGUCCUGAUCGGAUGCCCAGGCGUGACAAGUCUGCCGAAGGGAGUUACAGAGUGGGCCGCCGCUAACAACAUCAGCAUCGGCUGCUCAAAUCUCCCCGUACUGCCGCCACUGAGACAGGACCCAGCGGCGGAUGGCUUUCCACCGUGGUGGCAGCUGGAGACCCUUGACCUCAGCGGCUGCGGCAACCUGCAGGAAUUGCCCCUGGGUCUGGGAAACCUGCCUUAUCUGAGCGUCCUCAACCUCACGAACUGUUCCUCACUCACCUCGCUACCUGAAGAAGUCGGCCAACUUGCCCUAACCUCCCUUUACUUGGACGGCUGCAAGAACCUUUCGCUGACGCGGAACGAAAUCUGUGACCUUCUCCGGGGUUCAGAGAUGACACUGUAUUGGUUGUUUACUGAUGGCUGCCCCGCAUUCGAAGAAGCCCUCAAGCUCCCUCUGCUCGCGGAAGUUUCAGCGUUCUUUCUGUUAGAAG